CCAGAAUAGUUUAAAAAGAAAAAAGAAAAAGAAAUUGUUAAUGGACACCCAAAAUUGGGAAAAAUAAAUCAGUUGAAAACUAACGACAAAAACGGUGGCAUCGCGCAGAUCGAAUCAAGCUUUGCAAAGUCCCUGCUACACUUUUGCUACUAUGGGGUCGAUCCUCAGAUGGAAACCGGUCAAUCUCAUACUUUUCGCACAAUUUUGCGUUUCUCUUCUCCUUCCGGCUCUUGCGGUUUCGUCAGGGUCUAGCGACGGUCACAGCAUCAAUGGUCGAGUGAAGAUCGGAGGUUUGGGUAUAAAAGGAUUUGGUCUUCCUGGAAAACUAUCUAGUGUCAAAGUUGUACUCAAUGGUGGCCAAAACAUCACUUUUCUCAGGCCUGAUGGAUAUUUUUCAUUUCACAACGUGCCAGCAGGAACUCAUUUAAUUGAAGUGGCUGCAAUCGGCUAUUUCUUUUCUCCAGUCCGAGUUGACGUUAGUGCCAGAUUCCCUGGCAAGGUUCAGGCAGCUUUGACAGAGAACAGAAGGGGCCUGAAUGAGUUGGUAUUGGAGCCAAUGAGAGAUGAACAAUAUUAUGAGAUUAGAGAACCUUUCUCGAUAAUGUCUGUUGUCAAAAGCCCAAUGGGUCUUAUGGUGGGAUUUAUGCUGGUGGUCAUGUUCCUGAUGCCCAAAUUAAUGGAGAACAUGGAUCCUGAGGAAAUGAGGCGAGCACAAGAAGAAAUGAGGCAACAAGGGGUUCCUUCCCUGGCAAGCUUAUUGCCAGGAGCACAGAGGGGCUCAUAGAUAGGAGCCUUUAUUCAAAUUGGGCUAAUUCACUCCAGGUCAGGAGCUGAAGAAUCCUGCAGCAUUGUGAUUGAGAGGCUUUAUUGGUGUCCCAGUGGAAUGUCCAAGCAGACAAUUAGCAAUUAGUUUCUCAGCAUACACUGAUAAUUCACUUUUUCCGCCAGUUUAAAAGAUGCAACUUCUUUGUUUACAUUACUAGCGAUAGACUUUCAUGGAAGACUUACACUAGCAAUGUUGGAUUAUGAUCUUAAAGAUAGUUUUCCAAAUAUCCUUAUUUUGUUUA